AUGAGUUUGAGCCUUUGUCGAAAACGGCGCGUCCAAGACCAUAACGAUGUAUCUAACAUUUCCACAAAUACCACCGUAAAUACACAACAUCGUAGUGCACGACAACGCGGAAGGGACGAGCUACCUUCCGAAAAUGUGGGAAAUGAAGCUGCGGCACAGGAAGAUGCCCCAACGUGCAGUCAAGCUAAAAGACAGAAACGGAGCGAAGGCACACUGUCAAAUUCCCAAAUUGCGAUGGACGCUACACGCUGUGGAAAGAUUAAAAAAGUUGUUUUGGUCAAUUUUAUGUGUCAUGCACACUACUGCAUUGAGUUACAUCCGCGUGUCAAUUUCAUGGUAGGUCGCAAUGGUUGCGGCAAAAGUGCUAUAUUGGCUGCAUUGGUAGUGGGUAUGGGUGGUCGUGCUCGUGCCACCAAUCGAUCGACGUCAUUACAUAGCUUAAUCCGUAAUGGUCAAAGUUCUGCGCGUGUCGAAAUUACAAUUUCCAACGAGGGUGUUGAAGCUUUCAGACCAGAGAUAUAUGGCGAUGAAAUAACGAUUGUCCGCGCCAUUACCCAAUCGGCAAGUAAUUACAAAAUUAAGAAUGCGAGUGGCCGUGUUGUGUCAGAAAAGUUUGAUGAAUUGAAGCGUAUUAUGGACAUACACAAUAUACAAGUUGACAAUCCGGCUUUUGUCAUGAACCAGGACAGUGCGCGUGAAUUUCUCAAAGACAUGGAACCAAAGAAGAACUAUCAGCUGUUUUUGAAAGCUACGCAAUUAGAUUCAAUACAGGAGCAACUUAUCAAAUGCUAUUAUGAGUAUCAAGAUCAUAAACAACGUCUAAUGCACAUUGAAAAGAAAUUGGAAGAAGAUCAACAAAAUAUAGCUGAACUUGAAACAGAGUACCGAAAAAUAUUAUCAUUUGCACAACUGAAGCAAGAAACAAAUCAAAAAAAGGCCGAAUAUGAGUGGUCUUUGGUAAAUCAGUUGGAAAUAGCCAUUAAUAAGAUAGAAGAAGCGCUUUCUGAAGCUAUGCGCGAUCGUGACAAACUUGAAGAGCAGGCGAAACGCAAAAACGAAAUCGAAAAUAAACUCAAAGCCGAAAUGGAUAACUGCAGAGAAGUCAUUGGCCUGAACCGCACAGAGUACGAUCAAAAAAAGGAUAACUGUCAAGCGAUUAAUACGCGUUUGAAAGAGAAAGCAAAAAUGUAUCAUAGUCUCAAAAUCGAUGUAGAGAGUCUUAAAAAACGUAUUCAUCAUUUAGAAUCGCUAACUGCGGAUUUGGAGCAGAAUAUAGCGCAACGCUCAAAAACAAUGGGUGUUGAAGAGCUACGCCGUCGUAAUGAAGCCGAACUGGAGACCUUACGCAAAGAGCAAGCCGAAAAUAAAGCUAUUAAUGAAUCAGCCAAACGUGAAUAUGAAAUUUUUGCCGAGAACAAAUCACAAAAGGAGGAGGCAUUCAGAAAUAUUAAAAUUCAAAUAGAUAAUUCAAUGCGUCGAAUCGAUGGCAUCAAGCGCGAAAUUUAUAACUUACAAGCGAACAAAAGGAAUCGAUACUCAAUUUAUGGCCAGGAAAUGCAAACGCUGUUGGAAGAGAUCGAUCGCCAUUAUCGAGCACGCAAAUUUAGUGAGCGGCCGCGCGGUCCCAUUGGCAGUUAUUUGGAUGUACCUGAGCAAAAAUAUCGUAAUGUGGUCGAAAAUCAAAUAGCCGAUUUGCUGCGUGCCUUCAUAGUCAACAAUACUGCCGAUCGUACGCUAUUAAAUACGAUUAUACAGCAACGCUGCCCUAAUAUGCAUGUGACAAUUAUAACCGCGAAGUUUUUAAACAGAGUACAUGAUGUGCGAGCCGGUUGCGUACGUCCACCCGCCGGCACACGUUUGCUCUACGACGUCAUCCAGUGUCGUGAUCCUGUCGUCAUGAAUUGCUUAAUUGAUCAGUUAAGUAUUGAGACCAUACUUUUAACAGACACCAAGCAGACCGCUGAGCAUUUAACCAUACAGCAGGAACAGGUGCCGCAAAACUUACGAAAAAUUAUCGUAGACGCACAACCGGCCUUAGAGUACUUUCCGGCGCCGAAAUAUCGUAUGUACUCGUUAAAUAUACGGCCAGCACGGCUGAUACAAAUGAAUGUGGACGAAUGCAUAAGCCAGCUUAACGACAAUUACCGCACAAUCGAAAAUGAAAGAUUAAAACUGCAAGAAGCUUAUGCAAGCACAGGACGUGAGUUGCGCACUUCUCUAGAACAGUUUAAAGAUAAACAAAACCUAAUGCAAAAGCACCGCGAUAAAAUUAUGCGCCUGGAGCAACGUAUUGCUGAUUUGGAAGGCUACGAAUAUCCAAAUACGAAUGAAUUGUGUAUACUGGAAAAGGAGCUCGCUGAAAAUGAAAGCAAACUAGAGCAAUAUAAGAGCAAAUUGGAAGAUAAGAAGAGGGAAUGCGCUGAAGUUGAGCUUGAAAAGCAGAAUAUAGAAAACGAAAUGCGUAAACACACGGAUAAACUAGAGGGUAUACAGCGUAAUAUACGCGAAAAAGAGAAUGAAUUGAACAAAUUAGAAAUGGACAUGCGCACCAUGCAAGACAAUUUUCUCAAAUUUGAAGACAAAAAGCGACGCAUUGACGAGCGCAUACAAACAGAAGAGACAAACAAAUCCGUCAAGUUAAAGGAGCUGAAUGACAAAAAGAAAGUGGCACAAAAAUUUGGCCAACGAGUGCACACAGAGCGCACACCCGAUGAGAUACUAGAUGAAAUCAAAUUAGGUGAAGUAAAAUUGAAGCAAGGUGCGCCCUUAAAAGAAGACCCCGACAAAUUAGAGAGUGCAAUAAAGCGUUUGAAACGUAAACUCUCCGUUGAUCGGAGCACUUUGAAGACAUUCAGACUUGUCACUGAUCAAUUGAAACAAUCGCAUUCGCGUCGCAUGUAUUUUGUGAAGCAUUUUAAGGGGCACAUGAUAACCAUGCUGCAGUAUACUUUCAAUAAUGUGCUGAGUAAACGUCGCUUUACCGGCAAAAUCGAGGUCAAUCACAAAGAGCAAACGAUGGAAAUAUCGGUGGUGCCACGUGACAGUCACAUCGCCGAUGCUGUUACAAAUACGCGUUCGCUGUCAGGUGGUGAGCGCUCGUAUACAACGGUAGCAUUCCUAAUAUCACUUUGGGCUUGUGUGGAUCACCCAUUCUUCUUUCUUGAUGAAUACGAUGUGUUUGCGGAUGAGGUGAAUCGCGAAUAUAUGACGCGUUUAUUGAAGUUUGAAGGCCAAAAACGUCCGAAUCGUCAAUUUGUAUUCUUGACACCACAGGAUAUGUCCAUUGAGGCUUGCGAUUACAUACGAAUACAUCGUUUGGCCGAACCAAUUCGUAAUUGAGUUGUGGUAAUUUUUUGACGCUAUUUCGAUCAUGUUUAUAUAUUUAGUUACACUGUUGAAUAAUAUUUUCUACAUUCGUUUUAUACUCACUUACUCAGUAUUGUUAAAUUUCGUUUAUUUUCACAAAACUACUUAUGGAUAUUUAUUUGAUUUUAUAUAUAAUAUGUAU